ACAAUAAAUACCAUAACUGAUAAACAGCCACAUUGUAACAUUUUUAUGAAUGGUGUUCAGAUAUCAGUAAUGAUUGACUCUGGUUCAUCUGUCAGAAAUUGUUUCCUAAAAAUCCAGAAAGAUACUGAGAAGAAACUUAAGCUCAAUAGAUCUACAAAGAAGUUAUAUGCUUAUGGAUCAAAGGUACCAAUAGAAACUGAUGUAACUUUAAAAGCCAAAUUUAAAGACAAAGUGAAAGAAGCUUUAUUGUAUGUUGUGAAGAAUGCUACUGGAAAUCUUCUAAGUUACCAAACAGCUGUAGAUCUAAGACUUCUACACAUUGCUCAAAUUAAUUCUGUUGUACAGUCUUCAGAGAUACUUAGUAUUUUAAAAGACUUUGAGCACAUCUUUUCUGGUUUUGGUAAAAUUAAAGAUAAAUUAGUUCAUCUACAUAUUGAUAAAGAUGUUGUACCAAAACAACAGCAACACAGACGUAUACCCUUUCAUGUUCGGAAAGAUGUCGAAGCUGAAUUGAAAAGAUUGGAAUUACUUGAUAUUAUCGAAAAAGUUACAGGCCCUACACCA